UUACGAUUCUAAUGCAAAAUUUGCUGUAUAAAAUAUAAAAAUAAAAAAAAAUUAUAAAAUCUGCACAAAGUUACCUUCAUUAUGGAAGUUGCUAUUACACUUACAAACGAAUUAGAAGAACUUAUAUCCGAAGCGUUCUGCGUUUUUGACACGCAUGGUGAUAAAUACAUAGAUACUCGGAACAUCGGUAACGUAUUAAGGUUUCUGGGUUGUGUACCCACGGAAAAAGAUAUACAGAAAAUCACAAAGGCAACGGAAUCCGAAGAAUACCCUGGAGAAACGUAUUUGACAAAGUUCAUGGCCCACGUUUCGCAAUGCCUUAUGAAUCGACAAAUGGAACCCGCCAGCUCGUUUAAGCUUUUAGAAGCAUUUGAAGUAUUGGAUCCAGAAAAUAAACGAUAUCUUACAAAAGAAUACUUUGGAAAGCUGAUGAGCGAAGACGGUGAGCCAUUUACCGAAGCCGAAUUGAAUGCCAUGUGGCCUGUGGCAAUAGACCCGAUUACUGGAACAAUACCCUAUAUAUUCUACAUAAGCCAGCUGAAGCAUAAAACAAACAUAUAUGAUGUGGCAGGAAAAAUCAAAGAUGAAAUAACUGCAGCGAGUGAAAAAGAAAAGGGCAAAAGGCAAAUGCCUCAAAUGCCAACAUUCAACUAGUAAUGCGUACUAAAGUGUAAAAAGAAAAAAAAUUUGUCCGGCAAAAUAAAAUUUUCCGUGUGUAUUG